GUGACCUUCAUCAAUCGAUGAUUAUUUUCAACCAACCACAAAGACAUCGGAACUCUUUACUUAAUUUUCGGCGCAUGAGCUGGCAUAAUUGGCACCGCUUUGAGCCUACUAAUCCGUGCAGAACUUGGCCAACCAGGAACCCUACUAGGAGACGACCAAAUCUACAACGUGAUUGUUACCGCCCAUGCCUUCGUAAUAAUCUUCUUCAUAGUCAUGCCCAUCAUGAUUGGAGGAUUUGGAAACUGGCUAGUACCACUUAUAAUCGGCGCCCCAGACAUGGCAUUCCCACGCAUAAACAACAUAAGCUUCUGACUACUCCCCCCGUCCUUCCUACUGCUACUUGCCUCCUCCACAGUAGAGGCAGGAGCAGGUACAGGAUGAACAGUCUACCCCCCACUAGCUGGCAACCUAGCACAUGCUGGGGCCUCAGUAGACUUAGCUAUUUUCUCCCUCCACCUAGCAGGUGUAUCUUCUAUCCUAGGGGCAAUUAACUUUAUCACAACCGCUAUCAACAUAAAACCCCCAGCCCUAUCCCAAUAUCAAACCCCCCUAUUCGUAUGAUCUGUCCUAAUCACUGCCGUCCUACUACUACUCUCCCUCCCAGUCCUAGCUGCAGGCAUCACUAUACUACUAACAGACCGAAACCUCAACACUACAUUCUUCGACCCUGCCGGAGGGGGAGAUCCAAUCCUAUACCAACAUCUCUUCUGAUUCUUCGGCCACCCAGAAGUCUACAUCUUAAUCCUGCCUGGCUUCGGAAUCAUCUCUCAUGUGGUAGCCUACUAUGCCGGCAAAAAAGAACCGUUCGGUUAUAUAGGAAUAGUAUGAGCUAUACUAUCCAUCGGAUUCCUAGGCUUCAUCGUAUGAGCCCACCACAUAUUUACAGUAGGAAUAGACGUAGAUACCCGAGCAUACUUCACAUCCGCCACCAUAAUCAUUGCUAUCCCAACUGGCAUUAAAGUCUUUAGCUGACUAGCCACACUACAUGGAGGAACCAUUAAAUGAGAUCCCCCAAUACUAUGAGCCUUAGGUUUCAUCUUCCUCUUCACCAUUGGAGGCUUAACAGGAAUUGUAUUAGCCAACUCUUCACUAGACAUUGCUUUCCAUGACACAUACUACGUAGUCGCCCACUUCCACUAUGUACUUUCAAUAGGAGCUGUCUUUGCCAUUCUAGCAGGAUUCACUCACUGAUUCCCACUAUUCACCGGAUUCACCCUACACCCUACAUGAACAAAAGCCCACUUCGGAGUCAUAUUCACAGGUGUAAAUCUAACCUUCUUCCCACAACACUUCCUAGGCCUAGCAGGUAUGCCACGACGAUACUCAGAUUACCCAGAUGCCUACACCCUAUGAAAUACCAUAUCAUCUAUCGGCUCCCUAAUCUCAAUGACAGCCGUAAUCAUACUAAUAUUCAUCAUCUGAGAAGCCUUCACAUCAAAACGAAAAGUCCUACAACCAGAAUUAACCUCCACCAACAUCGAAUGAAUCCACGGCUGCCCACCCCCCUAUCACACCUUCGAAGAACCAGCCUUCGUCCAAGUACAAGAAAGG